UCCAAAAUAGGAAUUUUUUAUAUUCCAUAAUCUAUUUAUAAUAUAUAAUGUGUGUCUGUGUAUUCAAGUGUUUUGACACCAACAAAGAAGCUUCGUAUUAUUCAGCAUUUAUAAGUGCACUUCUGUCCAUUACCAUGAUUUUGGAUAUGGCAACGUCUAAUAACCUUUCCGUUCUGAAAAUAUAUUUUGGCCAAAAACAUUACACGUGGUAUUUUAUUAUUAACAUUACUGAAUGGACUGCAUUGUUAAUGUUCAGCAUUCUGCUAUACGUUGCACUUGAAAUUGACAACCACAUACUUAUGAUCCCUUGGAUGAUAUGGAUUUGGAUUAUAAUGAUUAAAACUGCAGCUGCAACAACUAUUGCAAUGGCACUCGCAUCUUUAUUACCAGUUUUUAUUAUAAUGGUUUUAAGUCUGUCAACUUUCAUAUUCUGCUAUACAGGGAUAUACUUUUUCACUUGCGUCUACAAUCAUUAUACAAUUCUUAAAAUGCGGAAAGUUCUUGUUACACCUGAACAAAGAUCAAAUAUUAUUUGUGUCGCUAAACCUGAAGAAGAUUUGGAUCGUUCCGACAACAUCCAGAUUCCCAACAAAUUAACAUCAAUUACAAACGAUGUUCCUCCUGAAGAAGAACCUGAUAUUCCUGUAUUUCGUUUUACUGAAAAAGAGUAUUAGAAAACCAAUUUUGUAUUAUAUAGUGAAAAACUUAUUACAAUAAGUUUGUGUUUGCAUAAAUUAAAUGCUUUCCUUCAAAAUAUUGCUUUUCUGAUAUUUUUACAA